CCAACUUCUUCCAUACACACACAUUCACAUUCUCAGAAAAAAUCUCUAUUGGAUCGGUUUAUGGCGUUUCUUCAACAAAUCUCCGGUUUAGGAGCUCUCGAACGAUCUUCUCCGUCAAUUUUGAUCGGAUCUUCAUUCCGGAGCGGUAAUGGCCGUGUAUUCGACGGAAGAGGAAUUGCGUACUUGGGUUCCAGGGAAAAAGUCGGAUUCAACAGACGAAGCAGACUCGUUCUUAGAGUUGUUGCGAUGUCUUCUUCUUCAUCUCCGUUCAAAAUGAAUUUGAAUGAGUAUAUGGUCACUCUUGAGAAACCUCUCGGGAUUCGCUUCGCACUUUCAGCAGAUGGCAAGAUCUUCGUCCACGCCAUCAAAAAAGGGAGCAAUGCGGAGAAGGCGAGAAUCAUCAUGGUAGGAGAUACACUCAAGAAGGCUAGCGAUUCUUCUGGUGGUAGUCUUGUGGAAAUCAAGGAUUUUGGUGACACCGAGAAGAUGCGGGUAGAGAAAACAGGAUCCUUUAGCCUUGUUCUUGAAAGACCAUUCUCUCCCUUUCCAAUUCAGUAUCUGCUUCAUUUGAGCGACCUUGAUAUGCUCUAUAACAGAGGACGUGUCUCCUUUGUUACUUGGAACAGAAACCUCUUAUCAUCGAACCUCAGAGCAUCUCAAGGCAGUGGGAACUCUGGCUAUGCUGCAUUUUCCUCCAAAUUCUUUACUUCUCAGGGAUGGAAACUUUUGACUAGACACAGCAAUUCCUUUCAGUCAGGGACACAGAAGAACAUUCUUUCUCCACCUAUCAGUCCACUGGUCUCUGUCUUUUCAGAAGAAGUUCCUGGAGAUGGUGAAUGGGGUUAUGGGAAUUUCCCUUUAGAGGAAUACAUCAAAGCCCUUGACCGAUCAAAAGGAGAGCUUUCCUAUAACCAUGCUCUUGGAAUGCGCUACAGUAAGAUUACAGAGCAAAUAUAUGUUGGCUCUUGCAUACAAACAGAAGAGGAUGUGGAAAAUUUGUCAGAAGCAGGAAUUACUGCCAUACUGAAUUUCCAAGGUGGAACUGAAGCUCAGAACUGGGGAAUCAAUUCACAAAAAAUCAAUGAUGCAUGCCAGAAAUCUGAAGUCUUAAUGAUCAACUACCCUAUAAAGGAUGCAGAUUCCUUUGAUCUUAGGAAGAAACUACCACUUUGUGUUGGGCUCUUACUGCGGUUGCUUAAAAAGAACCAUCGUGUCUUUGUAACUUGUACCACUGGUUUUGACCGGUCAUCGGCUUGUGUGAUUGCUUAUCUGCACUGGAUGACUGAUACCUCUCUUCAUGCUGCUUAUAGUUUCGUUACUGGAUUGCACGCUUGCAAACCUGACAGACCUGCAAUUGCCUGGGCAACAUGGGAUCUUAUUGCAAUGGUGGACGAUGGCAAACAUGAUGGGACUCCAACACACUCUGUAACCUUUGUGUGGAAUGGACAUGAGGGGGAGGAUGUAUUGUUGGUUGGGGAUUUCACAGGAAACUGGAAAGAACCGAUAAAAGCAACGCACAAAGGCGGUCCACGUUUUGAAACUGAAGUUAGACUUUCACAAGGAAAAUACUACUACAAGUACAUAAUCAACGGGGAUUGGAGGCAUUCAACAACCUCACCAACGGAAAGGGAUGACCGAGGAAACACGAACAAUAUAAUUGUAGUUGGUGAUGUUGCUAACGUCAAGCCUACUAUUCAACAGCCAAGAAAGGAUGCAAAUAUCAUAAAGGUGAUCGAGAGAGUGUUAACAGAGAGCGAAAGAUUUAGGCUGGCGAAAGCAGCUCGGUGUAUCGCAUUCUCAGUUUGUCCAAUAAGACUAUGCCCAAAGUCGUAGAAGUUUUUUAUUGGCAUAAGUUAAAUGUUACAUCCACUCUUCUGUCUCUAUCCAUUCCUCAAGGUACUUACUCCUAAUACCGUUGUGAACAACAUUGCCUAUGUUCAUUUUUUACCCCAAAUGAAUAAAUAAAAGCCACAUUCGAUGCACUCUA